UAAACACCAUGCAAGAUGUCGUACACUAUAUACAACAAAAGUACAGUCUCCAAUGCCCGAAAUCCGACAAAACACUCGAAUUCCUGGUGCUUUUCAACGACCAACCGUCCAACGAUUUCAACACACUCUUCAAGUCUCUCCCUCGGGAAACACCCUACUUUGCGGCCGGUGUGCCGGGCUCGUUUCACCGCCGGUUAUUCCCGGCAUCCUCGGUCCAUUUCGUGCACUGCUCGUUCGCUCUCCAUUGGCUUUCCAAGGUACCAGAGGAGCUACAAGACAAAAACUCAAUUGCAUGGUAUAAAGGGAGGAUACACUACAGUAAUGCUUCCAACGAAGUAGUCCGAGCUUAUGCAGCUCGAUUCUCCGAGGACAUGGAGGACUUUUUGUGUGCGAGAGCAACGGAGAUCGUUAGUGGCGGCAUGAUGGUCAUAAGCAUGCCGGGUAUUCCCAAUGAAAUGACUUAUUCUCAAUUGGCCGCUAGUCUAAUGUACGAGUUCAUGGCGUCGAGCUUCAUGGAUAUGGCCAAUGAAGGGUUGAUAAGUGAAGACGAAGUGGAUUCAUUUAACUUGCCGAUAUACACUCCGUCCCCGGAGGAGAUGACGACGGCGGUGGAGACAAAUGGGCAGUUUAGCAUCGAGAUUUUGGAGUUGAUCAACUCUGCUUCUCUGACAGAUGGCCGAGUUGAUAUAAAAGCUUGGAUCGUCCAUGUUAGGGCAGCGAUGGAGGGAAUGUUCAUCAAACACUUUGGCAGUGAUAUUGUCGAUGAAAUCGGAUCCAAACCAAGCGAGAGGAGGCGAGUAUUCGGAGAGCUUCACUGUUUUAGGGCAGCAUUGGAGGGAAUGUUCAUCAAACACUUUGGCAGUGAUAUUGUCGAUGAAAUGUUUGAUCGAUUGACCACAAAACUCUUCAUGUUUUCUGAUCGAAAUAAACUCCUAGAUGUUUUAAUCAGAAAAUAA